AGACCGCAAGGCGGGGUGUGGACUCCAGAUCGCUGCUCCUCGGAGACCCGGCCGCUGCAGAGCAUCUCUCCGCCGGGCAGAGGCAGAGCGGGAGCGGCGCUUUGUUCCUGCCACAGCCAACCCGACCCUCUGGCGGCUGCGUCCAUCCCUCGCCUCUCUGCUCUUUCUUCCCGCCCGCCGCCUGCAUCCAGGCCUGCAUCCCCUUCCCCAACCCUUCCGUCCUCGAUCCUGACCUCAUCCCUCCCCCAAACUUCUGGUCAGCGCCCUUGCCUAGUACUCUCUCUCCUUCCCUUUCUCCUGCGUCUUCUUCCCCCUGGUCCCCUAUCGGGCCUUCCUUGCCCCGAGGCCCCGGGUAGCUCCGCCGGGCUCCGCCCCCCCAGGCCGGGCAUGUCCCUGGCAGCCCCGCGCCCAUGGUCCUGACGCUGCUCCUCUCCGCUUACAAGCUGUGUCGCGUCUUCACCAUGUCGGGCCCACGGCCGGGUGCCGAGCGGUUGGCUGUGCCGGGGCCGGAAGGGGGCGGCGGCGCGGGCCCAUGGUGGGCCGCCGGCUGCCGAGGACCCCGCGAGGUGUCACCCGGGGUGGGCGCCGAAGUGCAGGGCGCCCUGGAGCGAGCACUGCCGGAGCUGCAGCAGGCGCUGUCGGCGCUGAAGCAGGCGGGCGGCGCGCGGGCCAUGGGCGCCGGCCUGGCUGAGGUCUUCCAGCUGGUGGAGGAGGCCUGGCUGCUGCCGGCCGUGGGCCGCGAGGUGGCCCAGGGUCUGUGCGACGCCAUCCGCCUGGACGGCGGCCUCGACCUGCUGCUGCGGCUGCUGCAGGCGUCCGAGCUGGAGACGCGCGUUCAGGCCGCGCGCCUGCUAGAGCAGAUCCUGGUAGCCGAGAACCGUGACCGCGUGGCGCGCAUCGGGCUGGGCGUGAUCCUGAAUCUGGCCAAGGAGCGCGAGCCGUUGGAGCUGGCGCGGAGCGUGGCUGGCAUCUUGGAGCACAUGUUCAAGCACUCAGAGGAGACGUGUCAGCGGCUGGUGGCGGCCGGCGGCCUGGACGCGGUGCUUUAUUGGUGCCGCCGCACCGACCCGGCGCUGCUGCGCCACUGCGCGCUGGCGCUGGCCAACUGCGCGCUGCACGGCGGUCAGGCGGCGCAGCGGCGCAUGGUGGAGAAGCGCGCCGCCGAGUGGCUCUUCCCACUCGCCUUCUCCAAGGAGGACGAGCUGCUGCGGCUGCACGCCUGCCUCGCGGUGGCGGUACUGGCGACCAACAAGGAGGUGGAGCGCGAGGUAGAGCGCUCCGGCACGCUGGCGCUCGUCGAGCCUCUAGUGGCCUCACUGGACCCCGGCCGCUUCGCCCGCUGUUUGGUGGACGCCAGCGACACAAGCCAGGGCCGCGGACCCGACGACCUGCAGCGCCUCGUGCCGCUGCUUGACUCGUCGCGCAUGGAGGCCCAGUGCAUCGGGGCUUUCUACCUAUGCGCGGAGGCUGCCAUUAAGAGCCUGCAGGGCAAGACGAAGGUGUUCAGCGACAUCGGUGCCAUCCAGAGCCUGAAACGCCUGGUCUCCUACUCCACCAAUGGUACCACGUCGGCACUGGCCAAGCGCGCGCUGCGCCUGGUGGGCGAGGAGGUGCCACGGCCCAUCCUGCCCUGUGUGCCCAGCUGGAAGGAGGCCGAGGUGCAGACGUGGCUGCAGCAGAUCGGCUUCUCCCAAUUCUGCGAGAGCUUCCGGGAGCAGCAGAUAGAUGGUGACCUGCUUCUGCGGCUCACGGAGGAGGAGCUCCAGACGGACCUAGGCAUGAAAUCAGGGAUCACCCGCAAGAGGUUCUUUAGGGAGCUCAGGGAGCUCAAAACGUUCGCCAACUAUGCAACGUGCGACCGCAGCAACCUGGCCGACUGGCUGGGCAGCCUCGACCCGCGCUUCCGCCAGUACACGUAUGGCCUGGUCAGCUGCGGCCUGGACCGCUCCCUGCUGCACCGCGUGUCCGAGCAGCAGCUCCUGGAGGACUGCGGCAUCCGCCUGGGUGUGCACCGUGCCCGCAUUCUCACAGCGGCCAGAGAAAUGCUACACUCCCCACUGCCCUGCACCAGCUGUAAGCCCAGCGGGGAUACCCCAGAUGUCUUUAUCAGCUACCGCCGAAACUCAGGCUCCCAGCUGGCCAGCCUCCUAAAGGUGCACCUGCAGCUGCAUGGCUUCAGCGUCUUCAUUGAUGUGGAAAAGCUGGAAGCCGGCAAGUUUGAGGACAAGCUCAUCCAGAGUGUAAUGAGUGCCCGCAACUUUGUGCUGGUGCUGUCAGCUGGGGCACUGGACAAGUGCAUGCAGGACCACGACUGCAAGGACUGGGUGCACAAGGAGAUCGUGACUGCCCUGAGCUGUGGCAAGAACAUUGUGCCCGUCAUAGAUGGCUUCGAGUGGCCCGAGCCGCAGGCCCUGCCUGAAGACAUGCAGGCUGUGCUCACCUUCAAUGGCAUCAAGUGGUCCCACGAGUACCAGGAGGCCACCAUCGAGAAGAUCAUCCGCUUCCUGCAGGGCCGCUCCUCCCGGGACUCGUCUGCAGGUUCCGACAACAGUUUGGAGGGUGCUGUCCCCUUGGGCCCAAACUAACCACCCCCAGUUCCCAAGUCCUGCUGUGACCCUUCCCUCCCCAUUGCCAAUGCCCUCCCCGUUGGAGCAGCAACUCAAGAAGGCCUCCCUGGGCUGAGACAGCCUGGACUCUUCUCGGCAAGUGGCUCUCGCCUCCCCCACCCUCACGGCCCACCUCGGACAGGAAGCCAGGCAUUGGGGUGGUGAGGUUUAAACCUCACCCAGGCCCCGCCGCUGCCACCCAAGCCUGCCAGCAUGGCUCUGUCCCGGAUGUGAGGAGAGUCCCUGCUCAGUUCUGGAGACACUGGAGAUUGGGGGAUUGCUGCACACACUCCCCUCCCCUGCCCUGAUAGCAGCCAGCUCAAGUAGGGUGAAGGAUGUUGCCCUCUCCGGCCUGAGCACUGUAGUUCGGCAAGAGUCUGGGCCCAGGAGCCAGCCAGGGAUGAGGCCAAUGAUGGUUCUCAUCAAGACUGUGCCUGGCCCCUGGGAUCACCACUUCCUGCCACCUCGUAGCCUUGCCCUGUAACCACUCAGUGCCCUUAUCCGCCUGGGCCUGGUCCCAGAUGCUGCCUCCCAGCCUUCCUGAGCUGCAGUCUCCUUUGCCACAUCCGGGGUUGGUCUGUACCUAUGGCUGGCUUUGCUGCAGUUACUGGUGCACAGGGGCCCCCUGCUUGGGCUUAGACAGGGGAGGCAAUUCCUCAAAGGGCAGCUAGCCCGUCCUACCCCAUGCCUCCUGCCCAGGCUGGCCUAGCCGGCUUCCCCAGCCCCUCACCCACCCUUGUUCAGGGCACCAGGCAGCAGCCUGGGCAGAGCCUGCAGCUCCGUGGGAAGAGGCAGGAUCCUGAAGGACAAGGAUUGUUAUCCAGGGCUGUUCCUCCAACAACAAAUAUACAGCCGAGAUUCUGCAUUUCUCAUAAAUUCCCCAAUGAGUCGAUGCUGCUGGCUCUAAAACACGAAUCCCUCACAAAUCCUUGCCAUUUCCCAAAGACCACGCCACGGUCUCUGUAAUCCCACAACACCUCUUUCUGGUAUUAUCAUCUCCAUUUUACAGAGCUCAAGGCUCAGAAAGGUGGAGUGGCCAGUUUCCCCAGUCCUUAGUGAAGCCCCAGGACGCAGCCUCAGGCUUCCAGAACCCAGUCCACCGCCUGGUGGAACUGGCCUGUGAGACACCCUGGAGAUGGUGCCUGUGUGGGGCUGUCCACAGUCGGCUUCCCCCUUGUCCCAAAGAAUCUAGCAGUGAGGGGUGAGUUCAAGCAACAAAAGGCUGACCCAGGCUGCCAUAAAGAAAUAAGUGAGUGGAAAUGUCCCUCUGUCCCUCCCUCCAAUAAACCCAGACUCAGGGCUAGUGGGGUCAGCUGAACCUGGCUCUGCCUGCUGAGGGCCGUGGGUUCACACCUCAAGGCUGGCUCAGCUCCCACCGCCCCUGUCCCCCACCUCUAGGUGCUGGCCAGGCCACUCCUAGCUCCCAACCCACAUCAGAAAGUCAAAGGUCUUACUCCAGACUUGGGACUCCUCCUUCCCACUCCCCUCCCUGCCACACACUAUCUUCAGCAUGGUCCUGGCCUAGAGCGCUUUGGUCCUGAUCGUGCUCAAUUCCCAGCUGCCCUCCUUCUUCACACACCGGGAGGGCCCACCAUGCCAGCCCAGGGUCAGGGCCUGGACCCACUGGUGAACGAGGCAGACUAGAUGUUGCCCUCCCAAAACAGAGACAAUAAUACAGCGUGGUAAGCAUUCUCGAAGGGAAGCUUUCUGUUUCUGUCCCUAGUCAGCCCUGCUCCCUCCUAGGGCCCCCAUGGGCAGCACCGAGAGGUUCUCUGGCCCUUUUUUCUGUUUGGCACACCCUCCACUGCUGCCUACCUCCACGAGCUGGUGGUAGGGAUGACCUCUGCCCCCCUUAUCUAUCCCUGUGGGGAAUCCCAGCCCAGAGUCCAGCCCCAGCGGAGCAGCCGAAGUGAUAACCCUCCCCCCAGCCUGGCCAUGUGUUCAAGGGUGACCACCUCCCUCAGCCUGGGCAGGGACCUUGGCCCUCACCCUCAACCUACGCCUGGCCCCUCAGGGCUGGUCCUGAGACAGACGGCUGAGAAGUGGCCUUUCCAACAAAGUCUGCUCUGACCCGGGUCUCCAGACACAGGGUUUCCUGUUUGGCUGGGCUGCUGCCCCGAGAUUAGGGCCGAGUCAGCUGGCCCCCAUCCUACCUCUCCCCAGGGGCCUAGAACUGCUCAGGGACACUCCAAGACCAUCCUGCCCCUUGGGCCAAAAGUCCAGCCACCACUCAUUCAUCCUUCUUGCAGGUCCACCCAGGACAGUGAAAACAGGUGUCUCGUUCUAGAAUGUAUAAACUGGGAUUUCAGGAUGUCAUCUGGUCCAGUGUUUCUUAAACUGGCCCAACAAGGAGUGAUCUCUAUGAUCAGACAGUCUGGGGCAUCGCUGAUCUAGCCAUUCCCAGGGGGGCUUGCUCAAGGUCACCCAGCUGGGCAGUGGCAGUGCCCAGAGUAGAACCCAGGCCCGAGGCCCACUCACAGCCUUUCCGUAUUCUUGCUGCCUGCCUCAUGGUGGGACAGUGGGUGCAGGGCCCUCUUCUUGCCUAGGUCUCCCAAGGACAGAGGAGACAGUGAGGUGGGAGCCUGGAAACAGCCCAGGUGGCAGACGUCUCAGCUGGCUCUGGUCUGCCCCUGGACCACCCCCAUUGUUCCUGCAUGGCUUCCAGCCACAGAAGCACUGGCUGGCAGCAUGGGCAGGCAGGUGAGAAGGAACAAGGGUAGAAGUGGCAGCAGGGGGCAGAGUCCGGGUGGGCAACUCUGGAUUGAAGUCAAAUACCAGCUGACUUUGGUCUGCUUGGGAGGCUUAUGGCCCUCAUCACAGUGUCUUAAUAUUAAAUCAGAUUCUGCCUUUCAACUUCAGAUUCAGGCCUUCCUAACUCCUUAGAAACAAGCCCUUUGUUCUCUGUGGGUCGCCAGGAUCCUGGAUCACAUGAGGCAUUAGCCCCAUUUCCCAGGUUCCUGUUGCUGAGACGCCAGUGACGGCAAGUACAGGAGGGCUGGGUGGCAACAAAACAUUCUGCUUGGGCUGACCAGGAAGGCCCUGCAGGGAGUGGCUUUCUGACUGCCCCUCCAGAGGAGCCAGGGCUCUGCCCGGGAGCUUCUCCACUGGCCUGAGGCAAGCCCAGCAGCCCUGCAUCUCCCAGCAGCUCAGGAGAAGAAGGGGGUCAGAUGAGGCCUGGGCUGGUCACGUCGAAUACCAAUCCCAGCACCGGGCAGCUCAGGGGCUCCCUCCCAGCCCAACAGCUGCUGUUGUGACACAUUUGGGAAAACCAGGGCUGAUACCUUGGGGACCAGAAGUUUCAUUUCCAUGUGAUCAUAGGGAUUUAUUAUUGUGAUUGGUAUUGCUGGGCUCUGGGGCCCAUGCAGACAACAGCACUGUCUCCAGAGGGCACUAAGCCCCUCCCCUGAACCUACCUCUCCCCAAGACUGGCACUACCUGACACUAUAUUUAUCAUUAAAGAGUGUCAGGCAGCUGGUACACACGUCAUGAACUGAACACUGUGGGCUGGGCAGUUUUGACUGGAAGUAGAGACACCAGCCCUCAUGCUUCUACUGGUUCCUGAGGUGUCACCUCUAUCCUGGGGGGUUCCAAGUGACAGAUGGCAUAAAGGGUGAACAAACUCCUCUCCCAAUGGCUCUCCCACCCCCUCCCUGCCCUGGAGUAAGCCUGUCUGGGUUAUGAGUCCACAUCCUAGAGUCGCAGGUUGGCACAGUUGUGGAUGAGGUGGGGCCUUGGUCUAGCCUGACCACUUCUUCACAGCACAGCCCUUUGAGGGAGCUGCGGUGCUGCUGUGAGCUGGUCAGAGCUCACUCCACUCCUUCUGCCCCUGUCCCAUGGUCCAGGCAGAUCAGGGACUCUGGGGAAACUGCUGGAAUUCAGGGUGAGGAUCAGCCUUUUCCAGCACCCUGUGAAAGACCAGAGAGAAGGUUCAGCUGUGAUAUGAGGGACCCUCAGCUCCUGUCUAGAGAAGUCACACAGCCUUUACUCGGGUGGGCUGGUCCAGAAAUUUCCUUCCUAUAGCCCCUCCCCAGGCUGAGAGGUGGAGGGCAAUGCCCCAGGACAGGGGACUCUGGAAAAUGGCUCUUAUGGAUAUAGGGAGGAAGUCAGUGGGCCAGGCUAGCCUGUAGCCAGCCACAACUAGCCAAGAAAGCUCUCUGGGAUUCCUUUUAGCAUAUUUUCUGCUGCCAUAGUUCUAGCUGUAAAAUGGGAGACGAGGGGAACUGGGGGAGAGAAAGCAGCCUUGCCAAGAAGCCAUACUGUUAGCCUUAUCAUUUCCUUACCCAAGCCUCCAGCCUGCCCUUGGGGAAUGGCUCUUGGGGGGUUAGGCAGCUACCUGCAAUGGGAGAGUCAGCCUGGGACUGAGACACCCAGAAGGGAAGGGUUCCCAGGAGUGAGGCCACUAUUUCUGAUUGGGAGGAGGAAGAAGGGAAAACCCUUAGGAUAAGGGGCCCUAUUAGGAGCAUGGGUUGAGGGCCCUGCAUUACCCAAUCAGAAUGGCCGGGAUGAGGAGGAGGCCAGCUCCUAGGAGGAAGGGGAAGCCCUUCAUAAAGUUCAGGGUGGCCGGAUACAGCGAGUUGAAGAUGCCAGUGGCUGUCAGCAUGGCUAAGCUAUUCACGCAGGCCACAGAAGAAAAGAGAGCACCUGUGAAGAAAAAGAUACUCUGCUCCUGAGUCUGCAAGACCCAAGUUCAAAUCCUGACGCCACUACCUGACAGCUGUGUGACCUGCGGCAAAUCACUUAACCUCUCUGAGUCUCACUGUCUCACCUGUAAAUCCUGCAUCAAGUGUUGUGAUAAGGAGAGAAUGGGGUCAUCCAUGGAAAGCACCUGGCACACAGAGGGUACUAAGUAAAUGGUUGCUAUCAAAUCCACAUUAAAAGCAUGUAUGAUAUCUUCUAAUGAAA